AUGAACAGUUUUGGUAAAGCAGUGAAACUAAUAGCAAUUUCAGCCCUACUAUCUAUAAAUUUGAGUCUAAAUACAUCUGCCAACGAGUCACAGUCAACCCAACCUAAUCUUACAGAACUAAAAUCCAAGUUAAGCCAACUAGAAGGAUAGAUUUAAAACACUGAGGCCAAGUUAGAGGCAAUUAGUACUUUGAAAAUGCAUCAUAGACGACAAAAGCUAGUAAAGAUUGGAAAUAGCAAAUUAGAUGAAAUAUCAAGCUUGAACAAGUUGACUUUACAUCAACUGGCUGAUGUUGAUCAUGUCAGACUUCCUAACUAGAGGAUUUUAAAAGCACAUGAUUAGGAUCAUCAAUUUGACGUGAAAGAUAUUUAAAAUGAAGAUAAAUCAAAUAGCCUUAGCUAUAGAGAGUAAUAAAUCAGAAACCCUCUAUUAAAUCAAGUAUUUGAUAGAGGUUAAAUUAUUGGUGAAAAUGAGGUUACUACAUUUGAACUUAUGCCUGUCAAAACUUUCAAAUCAUUACACUCAGCUAUAAUAAGCACAGUCACAGUCUCAGCCUCUAUCAAUGGCAUUAUUUCAGUACAUGAUAUUAAUGGAAAUCUUCUUGACUAAAUUAACAUUGAAGAGGACUAGAAAGUUAUCUCUUUAGCUUAACCUAUAGGUCAAGAUGAUAUGUUGAUAGCUGUCUUAACAGAUAAAGCUAAUGUCUAUACUUUUAAAGCACAUAUAAAAGACUACUUUGGAGAGACUAACUCAACCUCCCAAAAUGAGACUACAAGAAAGUCAUCUAAAAAAGUAUAAAAUCAACCAGCAUUAUAUCAAGUCUUAAAACUAUCUUAAGAAAAGAAAGUGAAUCUUAAAGAACUAAUAGAGAAGGCAAACGCUACUUUUGAUAAAGAAUAGAUUUAGUUCAAGCAAGUAAUGUUCACUAGGUCUAGAGGUAGACUACUUUUAGUUUUCCUCGAUAACACUAAUCAUAUAACUACUACCUCAAUUGAUAUAAAUUUCCUAAGCAGAUAUCUGAUAGACACAUAAAACGAGGAGAUUAUUGGUCUAAGAAAGUAAUAAGUUAGCAUAAUGUUUUUCACUAAAUCUAAAAUUGGAUUUACCAAGAUCACUGAUAAGUCUGUCUCCAACAACUACUGUGAAUCUGGAGCCUCUCAAUUAGUUAACAUUGUAGUUGAUCUAAAUCUUCCUAGUGUAAUAUAUGCCGCAACAAACAGAGGUGAAAUUUACAUCUAUGAAGCUUCUAAUAGAGCCGAUAUAAUGGAUUGCAAGCCAAAAGGAAGAUUAUCGACACCCUCAUAAGUCUAUUAAAAUGAAGCAAAUAGCAUCAAACUAGAAGUAGCCUCUAAUGUUCUAUACGCAUUAUUGGGAGACGGCUCAUUGCAAAUGUUCAAAACCAAUGAUGUUGAUAAGCUAAUUAAAUCUGAAUACCAAGGGGCUGUAUACAAGACUGAGACUUAGAAAAAAAGUCCAAUCUAAAAUGAUUUAGUUAAUACUCAUAGUAUUCAUUUAUCAGUUUCCAAUAAUUUCGUUGCUUUCAAUGGACCCUACCUAGUAGAUGGUAAACAUUAAAUAGACCUUAUUGAGUCAAUGCAUAAUGCUAAAGUUGAUGCCAGUGGAUUGGGCAGUUCAACUUCAUGGGAUACUACUACAAUACGAUAUAUGAUGAUUCUAGCAGCAAUAGCUCUUGUUGGAGGAUACUAGUAUGUGAAGUUUAUGAACAAUAAAAAGGAAAAAGAUGCAAUUAAGUAAAACUUGCCCCCAAAAAAUAAAUAACCAGCAAAGACCUCAAUGAAAUAAGCUCAGCCUUAAUAAAUGUAGGAAGAAGAUGAUGAUUAAGUAGAAAAUGCUGACUCAUUCUCAUAGAUGAGGUAAAUGAUGGAGGAGAUGGAAAGGUUAAAAUAAUAAACAUCACAAAUGACUAACUAGCUUGGAUCGAUUGGUGGGAAAAUAGCCAAUACCAAAAAAGAUGUAAAUAGCUUAGCAGGUGCUUCACAAAGAGGUAAUGGCCCAAACAGUCAACUCAUUGAAGAAUAAUCAGAUGAAGAUUAUUGA